CUGUUCGCGUAGGAUGCCAUUUUAAUUUUGUGAGCUACAGCAGAAAUUUUCACCAUUAAUCUGAUAAACGGCAGUUGAUUAAAGAGCUGAACGACUGAUACCCUCUCAUCAAUCAACAAAGGCAUUCCGAGGAACAAAAAGGAAAGCCAUGCCGUCUAAACUUACAGACUACGAUAUUCUUGGAGAAAUAGGCUCUGGUUCAUACGGAACGUGUAAAAAGAUACGCCGACGAAGCGAUAAAAAGAUUCUCGUUUGGAAAGAACUUGAUUAUGGAAAAAUGACAGAAAUUGAGAAACAAAUGCUAGUUUCAGAAGUGAAUCUUCUUCGAGAGUUGAAGCAUCCACACAUAGUUCGUUAUUAUGAUAGAAUUCUUGAUCGCUCCACCACAACUAUUUACAUCAUAAUGGAGUUUUGUGAGGGAGGUGACUUGGGAGCCUUAAUAGCCAAACAUAGAAAGGAAAAGAGACUUAUUGAAGAAGAAUUCAUUAUUAAGAUCAUGUAUCAGCUGGUUGAGGCUCUUAAGGAAUGCCAUCGCAGAAAGAAUGGUGCUCAUGUCUUACAUAGAGAUCUUAAGCCAGCCAAUGUUUUCCUGGAUGGUAACAAUGAUGUGAAACUGGGAGAUUUUGGACUAGCAAGAGUACUUCAACAUGACACAAGCUUUGCAAAAACAUUUGUAGGGACACCAUACUACAUGUCACCAGAGCAAGUCAACAAGCAAAGUUAUAAUGAAAAAUCAGACAUAUGGUCACUUGGAUGUCUGGUCUACGAACUUUGUGCCUUGUCACCUCCCUUUACUGCUAUGAAUCAGAGGAGUCUGGAGGCAAAGAUAAGAGUAGGAAAGUUCCGCCCAAUCCCUGAACAGUACUCGCAAGAGUUGAGUGAAACUGUCAACUCCAUGCUGAGAGUAAAUGAGGAUCGCCGACCAUCAAUAGACAAACUUCUUUGCAGUCCACUUUUUCAGAGAUUUCACCGAGAACCAGAGCCAGAAAAUGAUGGGAAGAAAAAUGAUUUUGAGUUUUGCAGGAGAUGGGAAAAACAACUGGCGGAGAAGCAAAAAGAGUUGGAAAGAAGGGAAAAAAUGCUUCAAGAUAAAGAAAGAUCUUUGAGUGAAAGAGAAGAAAAAGUAACAAGAGCUGAAACUACUCAGCGUUUUCUAGGCUUGCAAGCAGCAGUACCUCAUAUUCCAAAAAGGCCAUAUUUGUAUGGCAACUUAGCCAUGGAUAAAGAGAAUGAUGUCGUAAAUGUAAAGAGAAAAUUUACCCCUUUUGAUCCUGAAAACAGAGGCAGACUAUUCAAAGAUGCCACAGGAGACUACUUUGGCUUUGAUCGACAAGUACCUGAGUUGGGAUUUAGACAUCCUAAUAUUCCAUUUGGAAAUGUUAGAACCACAAGAUUGUUGUCUGAUUACAGGUGAAGAUUACAGUGCCAUAAUACAAAUGUGAAAGUUGUAACUCAGGAACUUGAUCCUGCCCGUUCACUUAAAAUAUAAACUAAGCAUUCAAGACAUUUUUUGUUACUGCCAGUUAUGGGGAAAACUGUCACUCUAGCAUUCCACAGUGUAUUAGAUAAAAUUGUAAAUAAUUAGAAGCUAUAAUUUUUGUUG